AUGGGGAGGCGGAGGGUGGAAGAGAGUUUCUCCUCCCCUGGAGCCCCGAUCAGAUUUCCUCUAGAGGCAGAAGAAAAAGCAAAGAUCCCACCUUCACUUCCCUCUGCCUGGCCCGAGUGGGCUCGCCUCUUGCCUCUCCGCUCUGCGCCGUCCGCGGACCCAAGGAGCCCCAGGAUGAUCUGGAAAAGCCUGCCCGUGCUCGCCCUGGUGGCCAUCGCCUGGGUCCACGCCGAGGAAGAAACAAAAAGCAAAUCCAAAGUCUGUGCCAAUGUGUUUUGUGGUGCAGGCCGAGAGUGUGCAGUCACCGAGAAGGGAGAGCCAACCUGUCUUUGUAUUGAGCAAUGCAAACCUCACAAGAGGCCUGUGUGUGGCAGCAACGGGAAGACUUACCUCAACCACUGUGAGCUGCACCGUGAUGCCUGCCUCACUGGAUCCAAAAUCCAGGUGGACCACGAUGGGCACUGCAAAGAGAAGAAACCAGCAAGUCCGUCUGCAAGUCCAGUUGUCUGCUAUCAAUCUGACCGUGAUGAGCUCCGGAGGCGCAUCAUUCAGUGGCUAGAGGCUGAGAUCAUACCUGAUGGCUGGUUCUCUAAGGGGAGCAACUACAGUGAAAUCUUAGACAAAUAUUUUAAGAGCUAUGAUGAUGGAGACUCCCGAUUGGACUCCAAUGAGUUCUUGAAAUUUGUGGAACAGAAUGAAACUGCUAUCAAUAUCACCACCUAUGUUAACCAAGAGACCAACAAGCUGCUCAGGGGACUCUGCAUUGAUGCUCUCAUUGAGCUCUCUGAUGAGAAUGCUGACUGGAAACUCAGUUUUCAGGAAUUCCUCAAGUGCCUCAACCCUGCUUUCAACCCUCCUGAGAAGAAAUGUGCCCUGGAAGAUGAAAGCUAUGAGGAUGGAGCUGAGACCCAAGUGGAAUGUAACCGCUGUGUCUGUGCCUGUGGGAACUGGGUCUGCACCGCCAUGACCUGUGAGGGAAAGAAUCAGAAAGGGCAACAACCUAACGAAGAUCUGACCGAAGAGGAGCUGGCCAGAUAUGUCCAAGAACUACAGAAGCAUCAGGAUACAGCGGAAAAGAACAAGAAGCCAAGCACCAAAGAGAUAUAACAGAAGCUUACAGCCCCUGAAGCAGGAACCCAGGGAUUCUGCCUCCUGGCAGGCUCAGCCUGUACCCAUUUACUUCAGUGCUGAAUUCCAUAUACACAAGUGUCUGCUACAGUUUCCAAAAUCACCAAUAUUUACCUUGUAUAAUAAGUUUUUUUUCCACUUAUUUGUUUUUGUAAUAAAGGAAGAUGUGGGAGAAGAAAGGGGGGGGCACAACCUUCAUUUCUAGGAAAGCUUUAAGGGAAACUGGCACUGGUGUUUGGGGGGCUCACCACAGGGGCUGUUUCCCAGUUACAGGAGGAGCCCACUUGGAUCAGAACCACAUCCCAGGCCUGGGCGGCUCUCAGAUGAGCUGGAGGAAAUGCAAUAAUAGAAUGCCAAGGAAAUCUGUUAAAAGAAGAGAGGGUGGCUGGUGGCCAUUCUGGAUUGAAGAGAAAGGAGAUUAUAGAAGAGGGAAUACAUCCCUGCUCCAGACAAGGCCCUAGGGGCAGGAGAACCAUACUGUAUUUGUAUUCUGAGAACCCAAGCCCUCUCAGCUUGUCCUCUUCCACUCUGUCCAGGAGGGUACCCCCAAAAGAGAAAUGGAAAGGCUAAUUCAUGGCAGCUUUCCAUUGGCCAGUUGUCUGUCAGCAUGACCUGAACUUUAUACCUCUACCAGUGACCCUGGCAAAUUAUUAGUGACCAUACAUCCUCCAAAUCACCUACUCCUCAUGAGGCUUGGGCAGAGAAUUGUGGGAGCCCCAAACCUCUGUACAACAGCUCAUGUCCACUGCCCUCCACCCCCACUGGGCACACACUUUCAUUUGUUUUGUUUGGUUGGGUUUUUUUUUUAACUUUUCACAAAGGUGCUAUCUUCUCUUGAAACACUUUUGACAAGUUGACUUUUUUUUCAUUUAUUGUUAUUACCAUUGCCUGUUGUUCAUGUAUAUUUUAUUUUCUGGACUAGGAAUUGAGUUUUUUGUAUUUUUCAUGACUUUCUAUGCUUUGGAGAGGAGGGAAGAAUUUUUAUUAUUUAAUGUCUCAUUCCAUGCAUGGCCUCACCAUGCCUGCAGCCCAGACCACACACUACAUUGCACACUGGAUGGUCAGGGUUUUCUUCCAUCAUUUCCAAGAACAUCAAUAUCUGU